AUGGCGCCGUAGCAGUGUGUUAUCUGAUACUGUGAAGCGGACUUGUCGCCUAACCGCCCGCAGCGAGUUACUAGAUCAGAUCAUUCUAUCAAAAGCGGGUCCCUUUUUCUCGUUUCAAAAGAUUUGACAAUGUGAUGUGUAGUGAGGACGUGAAAGCGUAAAGCAACAAGUGUUUUGACCCGAUCUCCUCACAAUCAACAGGCAAAUCUCACUCAAGGUCUCUCGCUCUGGUACUCGCUUGUGGAUCCGGUGACAAAUUUUCGUGUCACGUGUGUAACACAAAUAGCAACUUCCGUCAAUCAAAACACGGUCAAACGAUACUGCAGUUUAGUCGCAGUUCGUUCAAAAUUACGAAACAACUCGGCCUGAGUUCAACGCAACAUUUUUCCAUUUCCUGUGCUUCUAGGCCUGCGAAAAUGCACCGACGGUGAGAAGCGAGUUGUUUGAUGGAAUCUGCGUGGCCGAGUUGAGCGUAAUCACCAAAAAUCGGGCUUUCGCGAUGGAUAUCACAGACGAACAGUUAGGCUUUCAGCGUAACAGCGGCUCGGGGGGUCUUGAGAAUGACAACUUGACGGAGUUUAGUUUGGAUGAGAUAUUUUUCAACGACAACCAAAUCGAUAAUGGGUAUCUCGAGGAAAAUGGAAACGUCAAUUUUGGGUUCUCAGCUGCUGAUCAGCAGCACUUCUCAUCCGCGCAUGCUCAAGUCAAUCAGCCGGAGGUCAUGUUUUGCUCUGGUCAAAGAUUGUUGAGCGAUGAAUUGGGACAUUGUUCUAGACCACCAAUUGAUAUCCCGAGAUGUCUUCAUUCAAAACAUCAACCGCUGCCCUUGACACCGCCGUACAGUGACUGCGGAGACUCGCCCAUGGAAGAACAUAUUCUUUGUCGAAGCUCAUCGUCUGUCGCCACGAUAGACCAGGCAGAGUUGGCCAAAUUGUCCGGUAGAGAUGGCCAGUAUGCUUGUAAUGGUACCGCCAACAGCGUGCUCUUCCUCCCUAAUACAUGUAAAGCAGAGCCUUGUCGAAAGAGGAGGCGAACCGUGGAUUCUGACAGUGUGAUCACAAACCCAUCAGUACUUGGCUUGGCGACAAUCAAGACAGAACCAGGUCUCGAUGAUUUAUGUGAAGACUCAGACAGCAUGGACAGUAGCGAGACCCUGGCAUCCGCUGACAUGGACACGUCCUACCAGUGUCUCAAGUGGAAGCCCUUCAAACAAGGCCAGUGGUCCGACUUGUACGACGAGAACAACAGCCUACUACCGCCGCCUGAUUUCCGUGUGGAUGCAGACAAAGGGUUCAACUUCUCAUUCGCCGACGAUGCUUUCGUUUGUCAAAAGAAGAACCAUUUCCAGAUCACAGUGAGUCUCAAGACUGCCACGACUCCCGCGUUUAUAAAAGUCAAGGAUGUCUGUAAAAGCGUCGAUAGAUUCAAGUUACACUUAUUUGGGAUCAAGAUGGAGUCGCAAGGGUCUUCCAUCAAGAUCGAGCAGUCUCAAGCGGACCGAAGCAAACGGCCCUACGACCCUCCCGUUUUGCCUCUCACCUCAAAAGACGAGACCAAACUGACCGUGGGAAGACUGCACUUUAGCGAAACCACAUCCAAUAACAUGAGAAAGAAGGGCAAACCCAACCCUGAUCAGAGAUACUUCAACCUGGUGGUGGCGAUCUACGCGUAUGUUAAACACGAAAGCUUCCUGAUUUGCGGAAGUGCCUCAGAAAGAAUCAUUGUGCGGGCAUCAAACCCGGGCCAGUUUGAAAAUGACGUAGAAGUUGUUUGGUCUCGUGGUUUUACAGCCGAUUCCGUUUUCCGCAUGGGACGUGUCGGGAUUAACACGGACCGUCCGGACGAAUCGUUGUCCGUACAUGGAAAUAUGAAGCUGACCGGACACAUGGUGCACCCGUCCGACAUCCGGGUCAAAGAGAACAUCAUAGAGAUUGACACUAGAGAGCAGCUACGUAACGUGUCCCGGAUGAAGCUCUAUCGGUACAGUUACAGCCAAGACUACCUCGAGGUGGCCGGACUCAACACCGAUCCGGACACCGGCGUGCUAGCCCAAGAGGUCAAGGAAGUCCUUCCGGACGCUGUCCGGGAAUCGGAGGAUCUCGUGCUUGCUGAUGGCAAAACCAUCGAAAAGCUAUUAGUCGUCAACAAGGAGCGAAUUUUCAUGGAGAAUGUCGGAGCUGUCAAAGAGCUUUGUAAGCUGACAGAUAAUCUCGAGACACGCAUAGACGAGUUGGAGCUUGUCAGUAAAAAACUACAGACACGGCGGCGCGCUGAUACUACUUCAAGUUGCUACACCGUCAGCUCACUCAGUCGAACCUCGUCGAUUUGCAGUAAGAAAAGCACAUCAAAUAUCUCUACGGAUGGAGAGCGAAGGCCGCCACACACCCCCCGUCACCACUGCCAACACAAGCACCACACCCAUAACUGCCACCAACAGAAACAACCUCAAGACGUCAGGAUUCCUGUUGCGGGAGCGGACGAGCAGACCUGGUGCUCACCACGCUUCAUGCAAUUCCUUAUCGUCAUCCUCGUGCUUGUCAUGUGUCUUAGUGUGGCUGCCAUGGCAACGCUUUACGCCAUGCAGGACAAAGACCGUGACAGCUCUCCAAGGAACUCUUUCGCCGAGUAUGAAAAACCUUUGCCAACCUUACCACUAUCCCCCACUAAUACUACCACAGGAAGACCAAGACUCUCGACUGUGCCCCCAGAAGCGAGCACGCCCACAGAUUCAUUUCCGAAAAGCCCUACAAGUGCUACGCGGAAACGUCCUUCCGAAGGAGGGGAUGCCCUGACUGAGGGUCCUUAUGUCCGUCCCGGGACACCGAUGGGUACCGGUUCUCAGACUUCCGCACCACUUGGAAGCGAUCCGUACCUUAGCAAAACUCCAACUUCCUCGAUAAACAGAUGCAAGUGCUGCGGACACAAGGAGAAAUGCGGCGACGUCCCUAGCAAUGUGUUGACGGGGAAAGCCAUUUAUUAUGACAUGAAUAACAUUCCCCAGCCGCAAGGGACAAAGUCUUCGACGCCAGAGUUCGAUUUCAGGAUAAUAGACAAAGACUUUGAUCUUAGUUGCGACGAUUGUUGCUCGAGAAACUCGUCUUUCUAUGUACCAUAUAGCGCAGCAAUCCCGUUCCAGCCAAUCACAAUAGAGCUUAAUUCAACGUUUAGCACUAAGAUGUUACUGUGUUCAACAUCGACAUCAGAGGGAUGUCCCGAGCCUAGCGCGCAGCCAACCCAAAGCACAGCUAUUGCACAGGACAUCUGGUCCACUAGUCACAGAUGGCAACUGUCUAGUGCGUACUAUUUCUGGAGCUCGUAUCAUUUCAGGAUUAUCCUGCCAUCGUCCAAUACAUCACAGCCGUCCGUUCAGCAAGAAGCUGACUGUUUUACCAAGACAAGCGACGGCAGCUUCCACGACUACUACCUUUACUUUAUACGUAUUUGCGUCUAAGGAUCAUGUGUGUUAUUGUGUUACUGUGCGACGCGCGCUACCGUGGCCAUCUUAAUAUUUUUUUUUAAGUGAAAAACGUACAUUCUGAUUGAAAUGAUUUCCACCAGCAAAUCGGCUUUUUAGAAAGACCUCAAUGCGAACCUAAACAUGACAGAAGCUUCGUAGUUCUGAAUUUGUGUAGUUCUUUCAAAACUUUGAUACUUUAGUGGCCACGGUAGCGCGCGUAACGCAUUCAUAGCUGCUGUCAUUGUAAAUUAGGUCUUACAAAAGAUAUAGAGUUCUAGGUAUAAAGAGUUUUUAAGUUUCCAUGAUUCAUUUACACGUUUUGAAUCAGAAUAGAUUAGCCGAAUCAGAGAAACUUGCCUUAAUAUAUUCGUAUGAUCAUUGAUUCAGGGCCAUUCUGCAAAACCGGGCGCCUUGCGGUGAGAACGACCGCAAAGUACGCUGGGUCUACCAGAAUGUUUUUUAGCGUAGAUUUCAUACUUUAUUAUGACCGAUCACAAGGACAACUUGUUUCAUUCUUGUGUACAAUAGUUGUACAUCUUUUAUAGGAAUGUCAAAAUAUAGUGCAACCGAAGCCGUUUGGAUAGGAUUUUCUGAAUUCAAUAGUGUGUCUGGUGUGUUAAGUGUGACUCCCUAUGUGUUUCAAUGCACGUGAUACCAUAGCAACCAUAUAUCCGUUACCAUGGUUAUUAUGUAGUCCUAUAAUUUUAAAAGUUUGUGGGCUAGUGAGAAAUGGCCAUGUUUUCGACGAGUCUUUUUAUAGGAAGAUUAUUCUUUAGUUACUUCACCUGUGUAUUUAUUCAAAACUGUAGGCACCAACAUUUCAUAACAUUUCAGUGCAACCGGUCACAAAUUUUUUUAGGUCCCGCACAUUGUUCGUGUCAUGUCAUAGACAGAAAUCUGUCUUCGUCUGACAAGAUAUAGUCGAAUUGUGGUCAUGUACUCUCUCCUAGUGUUGAGUGCCUAUGUGAUGUUUACGAACAAAUUGACACUCAUAGUACUCGUGUAGUGUUCAGGCUUACAGUAUAGACAAAACGUAUAUAGUUUCAUACAUUUUUCAUAUGUUAUUUUCAAAUAGGUAAUUUUAUCAACAAUUUAUAUAGAAAUCAAAUUAAUUGAUUGUAAAUUUGAAAUGAACAUGAUGCGCCGCGAUUUGCAUCAUGGGUGUGCUAUCUGUAUAACAUGUACAUACUAGGAAACUUUAAAAAAAAAUGUAAAUCAAGAGAUUCAAUGCUACCAUGACAAAAUAAAUGAUUAGCUUUUGCUAAA